AUGUCUAUUGAUAAAAGCUGGACUACUAAUCCAUAUCGAAACCAUCCCGAGUUCCAAGCAGGACUCAAAGCUUUUAUUGAGAAGUUCAAGUCGCACCUUGAUAGUAAUGGUAAAAUCAGAUGUGCGUGUGAAAAAUGUGAUAACCGUUACUUCAAGUACCCGACUGCAGUUGAACGCCAUAUAUUUAUAAAUGGUUUCAGUAAGGCGUACAAAAUUUGGAUCUAUCAUGGUGAAUCUUUUAUUCCUCCAGUCGUCUUGCCAAGUAAUGAAAUGGUCGAUUUAAUCGACGAUGUGAUGUGGGAGUCGAGAGAAAAUGAUACCAACCUCGAUGAAGGAACCUCGAAUACAAGGGGUAGCGGUGUGGAUGAUGACUUUGCACAGUUGUUGGAAGAAAUGGAAACUCAAUUGUAUACUGGUUGCAUCUUUUCUUCCCUUGAGUUUCUAGCAAAGUUAAUGCAUAUCAAGGUGAACAACAAAUGGACUAAUAGUUCAUUUGAUCAACUCCUUGAGCUCUUGCAAUUAGCAUUUCCCAAAGGCAACAAGGUUCCCCUUUCACUUUAUCUAGCCAAAAAGAAACUAAAGUCUAUUGGCCUGGGGUAUGAGUCGAUACAUGUGUGCAAAAACGAUUGUUGUCUCUUUUGGAAAGAACAUGAUUCUUUGCAAGUUUGUCCCGUUUGUAAAGAGAGCCGAUGGAUCGAUAAAAACACCAAGGGUAAGAAAGUACCUCAUAAGGUGUUAUGGUACUUUCCUGUGACCCCUAGACUACGACGUUUAUAUUGUUCGAGGCACACUGCCAAAAAUAUGAUUUGGCAUAGUACCAGACGUUCAGAAGAUGGUGUGAUGAUUCAUCAUGUUGAUCGGGAACAUUGGCAAGAUUUUGAUAAAAAAAACAUACCCCGACUUCUCGAGUGA